UUUAGUGUUAACAUCAGUUUCUCUCAGAGGGAGAAGGACAUUGGAGCGGACUAAACAGACUCAUCUGACCCGAAUUAACUUGAACACGCUCAAUAUUUCCCGGAGGACUUUACGACUAAAACAGAAAAGAGGAUGUGUUUUACGAUGUGAUGUCUGAUGUUAUAUAUAAUCGAGUUAUGACCUGAAAACCCACAAACAUGAAGUCCACAACGAAAGCAGUUUCUUGGAGUGGCGUUUUGCUCCUGUUUCUCUGGACAUGUGCAAGUGGACAACAGUCCUGUCCUGUAGAGAAGAUGAGACCAGAGUUACAACCUCCAAAUGAAACACAAUCCCAGCUGACCCUCAACAGUGCCUUUAUGACUCCAAUUGUGCAUUCAUUCCUGGGACUUGUCCAGCCCAAUCCAUUCCCUAAAGAUCUGCUGGUCAGAAUGAUAAACAACUUUAAUUCAAACACACAAACGGAGAUGGUUAAAGAGGUUUUAAAUUACGAGAAAGGUUUUCUGGUUUGCGUGGCCAUUGGGAUCCUCUACAUUGUCCUGAUGCCUCUAAUUGGCCUAAUCUUCGCCUGCUGUCGUUGCUGUGGUAAUUGCGGGGGCCGUAUGCAACAAAAACAGACAUCCAGCACAAACUGCAAGCGAAGAAGCAUUUACUGCUCCACAUUUAUCAUCACUGUACUUAUUCUGGCAGGGAAUAUUUGCAUGUUCCUGAGCACUACAUACACCUCAGAGACUGUGAAGAGCAGCUCCAAAGAAAUCACAGGCAUCUUAGAUGAUGUCAAAGGAUAUGUUAGUUCUAUUCCUCAGCAAAUACAACAAGUGUUGGAUGAGAGCUCUGUCACGGUGGAUCAAGUCAAAAACAAUUUAAAGGAAACAGGACCUUUGCUUGGUGGAUUGAUCCAAAAUGGCCUUAAAGAUUCCCUCGACCCAGCAUUCAACUCUAUUAUUCAAAUAGCCCAAGUGAUAAACAGCACCAGCGCUGGACUCCUGCAUGUCAAUGAAACCUUGGGACAGCUGAAACCGAACAUUGAUGCUCUGAAAACUAAUUUUUCAGCAGUGAGGCAGCGGAUUAACAACACUAUGAAUCAGCCAGAAUGUAUGAACUGCUCUUCCCUACAGCAAGUAGUGGACAAACUAUCACUGGAAGGAAGUCUUGAAUUUUCAGAUCAAAAUGACCUGAGUUCUGCUGUAGACAAGGCUAGAAAUGCUGAUGUCAUCGGACAGGCAAAUAAGGGGAGAGACUUCUUUGACAGUAUUCCACAAAAGGUGCAAAAUGAGACCCAAGAAAGUGUGGGGUCGGCUCUUUUACAGCUUGAUGGAAUAAAAGAUAAGAUUUCAGGUGUAUCCAAAAACCUUUCUCUUGACUUUUUGAAGACUUUUCCAAAUGAAAUAUCCACCAUACAGCGGUCUGUCUCAGUGUAUUCUCCAGAGGUAGAGAGAGCAAGUCUAAUCAGCCGGGCUAUUGGACUGAUCCUGAGCUGUCUGAUUUUGCUGGUGGUGGUCUGUAAUCUUCUGGGUCUGCUGUUGGGUGCAGCUGGAUUAAAUCCUAAACAGAGUCCAACUGAACGCUCCGGCACAUCCAACUGUGGCGGAAUAUUCUUCAUGGUAGGCGUAGGCUUCAGCUUUCUGAUCUCCUGGAUCUUCAUGUUAGUGGUGUUGAUACUUUUCAUCGUGGUUGGUAAUACCUACACCCUGGUUUGUGUACCAUGGCAGAGCAAGCAACUCAUUCAGGUUAUUGACACUCCAGGACUGAUUCCAGGGUUCAACCUGUCCAAGACUUUGAAUAUGAACAUAAGCCUGAACAUUUAUAAUAUCUACAGCGAUUGUGAACAGAACGCACCUCUGUGGACCACACUUCAUCUAAAUGAGCUCUUUGACCUAAAUGAUUACUUAAAUGUUUCAAUGUACACACAGGAGAUUUAUCAGCGCUUCGAGGCAGCACAAAUCAACAUAGCAAACAUCACCAUUCUAAGUCCGGAUAUAAAGUCCCAGCUCAACAACUUCUCUAAGAGUGCCAGUUCUAUGAACUUCAGCAACAUCAUUCAGCAUAUCAAUGAUGUGUCAAGAACUAAUCUGAGCUCAGCAGCGGACAGUCUGGAUCUGUUGGCUGACAAACAGAGCAAUCAAAAUAUCUCAAACCAACUGCAUGGAGAAGCUAAAGAUCUGCGAGACAUCCAGGCUGAUAUCACAUCAAAUAUUAUGCCUUUGCUGCUGGAGCUGAACUCCACCAUUAAUAAUCUCAGCGCAGUUGCAUCUCAAAUCAAUGCAUCUGUUCAGAAUGUUCUCCAAAAUGUUGGCUAUGCUCAGGACAUUCUGAACUACAACGUAUCUCAAAUAGUGAGAGCUGAGAGCAAGGUAUUCGUAGACUGUCAGAUGAAGAACUUUCUGGCAUAUAUCCAGUGGGCAAAUCAGACGAUCACUGGGAAUGUUGGUCGUUGUAGACCUGCAGCCGCAGCAAUAGACAGAACAGAGAAUCUUCUCUGUAAACACCUAGUAGGAUCUUUGAACGCCUUUUGGUUCAGUUUGGGCUGGUGUAUGUUGUUCCUGAUCCCCAGCAUCAUUCUCUCUGUUAAACUGGCCAAGUACUACCGCAGGAUGAAGUAUUCAGAUGUGUAUGAGAACAAUAACUUCCCGAUGCAUCCUUUCCCAAAGGCCAACCUCAAACCUGAGUUCGUGGAAAAUGUGAAACAAUGAUGUGUACUGUCCUGUGAUUUACACACACUCAUCCUUAAAUCAGUCAGUUCAACCAGAGGGAAGAAAAUAGGCAGCGAAUAUAGAAAAAAACAAUGCCAAAAAUAGAUUUUCAUUUAUUUUUUUACUUAUAGUGGCACAGAUUGUUAAUAUCAUUUCUUUUGUCUAAUGAUUUCAACACUUGGGCUGUAUCUGAAAUCGGCCUAUACCCUUAUUCACUACUCCCUAAAUUAUUCCACUAAUAUAGUCCACUUAAAGGAGUGAGUAAAAAGGAGCAAGCUUGCUUGCCAUUUUGUUUGUGCUUUGCUUGAUAAAUCCCUUAGAUUAGAUUUUCAAAUUCUUGGAUAGACCUUUUGAUAGCUAUUUAACAUUUAGUAAGCUACGUAUAUAUUAGUAAUGAAACAAAGCAUUUUGAUUUUAGUCAUGUAAACAAACUUAAAUUUAACAAAUUAACUUUAACUUUAGAAAAGUACAGGAUGAAGAACUACACUGUUCCAAUUUACUGAACUACACUGUUCCAAUUUACUGAACUACACUGUUCCAAUUUACUGAACUACACUGUUCCAAUUUACUAUGACCUUUAAAAUGAUAAUAAAAUGAUUCUGUAGAAGUAAUUUACAGCUUUAACCCAAAGAAUGACCCAUCAGUCAGAUGAAGAAGAGCCGGAGUCAGAGAUUCAAAUAAAUAAAUGAAGUUUACUGAAGAUAGUUUGCAGUUUCAUCAGCAGAAGCCAGCUUCAACACUCACAAUGAGUUCCUGUGCUUACAAUCACAAAUCAGUAACAAUUAUACUUUCACAUAACGUCAUUAACUGCAUCAUACAUAUAGGUGUUCUAACCUGAUUGGUUAAAACACAGAUAGACUAGGACAAUUCCCACAUGGGUGCGUGCGUACAAUUCUGAACAAUAUCUUAAGCAUAUAAACGUCAGACGUCCACUAGACUGUUUAGAGCUGACUCCAGACCUGUGAAACAGUUCCACAAUCAAAUAGAACACACACACUUAAAGUACGAUCUGUUUCUUACCCAAGGCUGAGUGUACUCUCAGCUGUCUUUAUCAAAACUGGUUAAAACCGGUCUAAUCUACAUUCAGGCAGUUGUAAUAUCUUUACUAUACAAAAUCUAUCUUGAAUAAAAAGUAGAAUCUCUUUAAAAGAAUUAACCGUAAAAAUAGCAAAAUCACUUUAGACAUUUUCGAUAGGAUUAACUCAUAGAAAUAACAAUAAUAGAAACAGUUGUUUCCAGUCCUCACCCCUUCAGUUCCACUCGAGGUCUCUGUGACCUCUGACCUAGUUUGGUGGCUCCUGAAAAUAGUUACAAAGAGACAGGAAGCUCACUGAACAUUCUUAUAUUAAGCAAUGUGUUAACUUUAUUCAUUAUUCAAAAAUCAUUUCAAAGUGAAAUACUUAAUCAAAUAACCAUAUUUAAUAAAAUGAGAAAGAGGAUGAUGAGAAAAGGAUAAACGUUGAUCCAGGUAGAAAUCUGAAUCCUUCAAUUUCACUAGGAUUUCAUUUUGGACGUCCACUUUUAGGAUUUCCACCUUCAGCUGUGGAAAUUGAUGCGGCACACAAACUCUCACAGUGCAUUAUGCGUAUUCUCUAGCCGUUGAGUGUACAUUGGUUAUACACUCAUUAUUGCAAUGCAUUGUAGGAUUGAUCCACAUCAGCUAUGCUUUCAGACACCACUACAAAUAGCUGCUCCUUCAAAUAGUGCACUAUUUAAGGGUAUAGGGGUGAUUUUUGGAUGCAGUCUUAAUAUUUAUAUGAAAAGCAUAUAUUUACUGUUACACAUGUUCAUUUUUUUGUAUUGUAAUUGGAGUCUGAACAUUAGAAAGCACUUUAUGAGGUCCUGGGAUUUACAUUUAUGAUUUUUUUCCCAAGACGUAUAUAUAGAUAUUCUGUUAUAUCAUUGUGUUUUAUUUAUAAAUACAACAUUUCAGUAAUACUGUUCUAAUGAGGAGUAUGUUAAUGAAUAACUGUAUUACAGUAAUAUCCACACAGACUGAUGAUAUUGUUCUGUUUUGUAAUUUGUAAUAUAUUUAAAUGUUCAAGCUUUUCAAUGGCAUAGUUCGCCCGAAAAUGACUUUUUACUCGCAUUUUACUGACCCUUACAUGGUUUAAUUAUAAUUUUUAUGUUGAACACUAAAGAAAAUAUUUUGAAGUUUGUGGUACUGAUUCGUCGUUUGAAUGGGCCUUAAUUGCAAAGACAGUUGUGCACCUCAGCUGUGGAUUCUGAAGUCUGUUAAACAUUUCUUCCUUUUGUUAUGCAUUAAUCACAGUAGUAAUAAAGGGUGCUCAGUGCUCACACAUCCAUGCUGAAGCUGGUUGUUUGGUGUAAAUCAUUUCUUACCACAGUAUAUUUAACCGGAGUAGAAACCCUUCCCCCACGACACACUAUUCCUGUGACCUCACAGCACUACUGCAUACACAUUUGUAUAUUUAAUAAUAAAACAUAUUGUGAUAAUGAA